AGGUGCAGUGUGAUGAGAGAACGAGUCAGCAGAGGUGUGUGUGUUUUUCCCCCUCUCUCAUAUUGUCGUCGCUUCCCCUCCUCUUUCCUGUUCUAUAAAUAACCCAUAAGAUUAACUCACGGCUGCUGAAUCCUUUCCAAGGCUCGUCACGCCAAGUUCCAGCCCCCCAAUGCCAAGCUGAUACGUCGGGCGCUACUGGGAAGGUUGAUCUGUUUGGGUGAGUUCGCUGUCACUCUCUCCCUCCUCCCGGUCCAGCUGCUGCCGAUGUGAGAAGCGGAUUGCUCGGGGAGCUAAUGCUGUUGACGAGGUAGCAACAUCUCGACCCAGGCAAGUUAAAGCAAACCUCUGCGGUCAAUCGCAUCUGUCUCAUUAGACACCAGGAUCCUGACGCAGCAAGGAUGGAAAUCAAGUUUUCAAUGGAGCCUAAUUAUCUCUCAAUUUGUAUUAGUGAGACCUUUCAAACUCUGAUCACUUAAAUUAAAUCAGUAAAUAGCCUUGUACAUGAUGGAAGACACUCACACGACCCAACUAUUGCAUAAACCUAUCAAAGAACGCUGCUUCAUCAGCUUCUAUUACCCUGGGGGAGAAGCCAGAUGGACUCCGUACAAGUGCAGUACUCUACUCGAUGGCUCAAUGAAAUGUAUUGCAAAGUACAAGCAAGCGAAGGAGGAGCCAGAGAUCGGGAAACAGAAAGGCUUGCACUCUGACAACACAGGCUACAUUCAGAAGCAAACUUCCACAGCUAACACUGUGAAAGAACUCUGUGCAGGCUCCUUGUGUCCAAUUGAAAAACUAUCAUUAUUCCCUGAUGUGUUAAGUAGAAGGCCAGCUUUCAAUCCAACUUUAAAUAUGGGAAAUCAGGAUGGAAAAUUUGAAGAUGUUCAAGAGACCGAGUGUAAGCAGAAUGAACGGGAACAAGACUGUGGUGCACUGGAUCUACAGUAUUCUUGGUCUUCUGAGCGAAAGAAAAGUGAUGGCAAAAUUAAAAAGCUGAAAAAGAUUGGCAGAAGAAAAGAGAACACCGAGGAGUCUGCAUGUAAAGCUGUAAAAAAUAAAAAAAUUGUGGAAUCGGAACCUUUUGUUGUAUGUGCAAAAGAAAUAUCAGUGAUGAGAGAUGAAAUGUGCACAAAUAGCUCUGUAAGCAAUUUUCCUAAUUCAGUUAAUUAUAGCAAAAGCAAAAAUCUCCAGCCAGCCAUGGACGAUAUUGACAUGCUGUCGGGAAUGAAAAGAGCUACGUCAGAGGUACUGAGAGGGAACUCGAAUUUUCAGGAAAACACCAGAACAACUGGUUUAAAUACUGGUUACGACUUUAAAUCAGAGUGCAAUGAUGAGUUUAUUACUGAAGAUUUAGUGACCAGUAGUAACAGUUUAUUGGAUGACUUACAAGAUACCAUAAAACUCCUGCAAGACCAGCAUGAUAAUGUCUUGCAAAGCAAGCAAAUGGCUGAGAAGUUACCAGAGAUCUGUGCCACUAUGCCUUCGAGAAGUUUACCUUCGGAUGACCAGCAUCACUGCAAAGUUGGAGCAACUCCGGAGGAAGCAAUAGCCACAGUGGUUACCAAAAUACAUGAUACAGGAAUGGUUGUGCAAAACGUUGUUCCAGCUAUUUUAAGGUCAGAAGAAAGCAUAAGCCAUGAACAUUUUGCAGAUGAACCAGUGCAAAGUUGUGUUGAGGAACAGAACAUUUCCACAGUGGUUACUGAAAUGCAGAGUGAAAGACCCGCGGUUUGCCAUGUUGUCACGGUACCUGUGAUAGACUUGGAAUACAAGACAGCUGUGGUGUGUGGCCAAGAGUCAGACAGCGAUAGAAACUUAUUUAAAUGUGAUGGGGGAGAAAUGCCAAUGGUUGUAGACUCCGAGACAUUCACUGGGUGUGUCAACAAACAUCUGAUCAGUGUUAUUGAGAAUGAUCAGUUUUAUGAAGCAGGUGAAUGGCACAGAGUGGAAAAGGGCAGGUUGCAUGGAAGUGGAACUAAUUGGACUUGUGACAACAAACUGUUCAGGGAUGGUGCACUAGACAUAAAAGAAAAACUGUUUUCAAAUCCACUUCAGUCUGUAGAUGGAAUUUCCUUGGAUGACACUUUGAAGGAAGACAAUAAAACUGUUUCUCUACCAUUACUGAUAGCAGUUAGUAAUGUUUGUAAUAGUCCAUGCCCUACUAAUAAUGCUCAGCAUGUAUCACCUGUUGCAUCUCCUCUGACAUCCGGAUUACCUAGUCCUCAACACCAUCACAGGAUACUCCCAUUACCUGUAUUGGAAACAGAACACAAAACCUCACAAGAGGACUGCUCAAAGCCGUAUACAUCCAUUCAUAACUGUACUGCAUCGAAAGAAACAGAAGUGGGACAAAACUUGGAAGGAGGUGUUAUUUUGCACCAAAAUCUCAGCAACACCAAUGAAAAGUUUCAGCAGCAAGACUAUAUGGAACAAGAUGUAUUCGGUCAGUAUCAGGCAGUACAAGAGAAGACUUUUCUAAAGCAGCAAUAUACUGACCUAGCAGAAAAUGGAUCACUGGUGGAAAGAGAUUGUACAAACACCAAGCCACAAUAUUUGGAUCUUCAGCUAUUCACUAUGGAUGGAGAAAAUAUUGAUACAAAUACUCAAACAUUCUGUUACAUGGAGGGUUAUGAUAUAUCUCCAUCAGAAUUUGAAGACCGAACUCCUGGACGGCUCCAGGCCAUUUGGCCACCUCCCAAACCAAAAGAUGAGGAAGAGAAAGUGGGUUUGAAGUAUACUGAAGCAGAAUACCAUGCUGCCAUUUUGCACUUGAAACGAGAUCACAAGACAGAAACAGAAAAUUUGCAGAAUGAAUUUGAAUUGAAGCUUUUCCAUAUACGUGGGGAACAUGCCGAAGAAAUAACUAAACUUGAAGAAACUAUUGUGCAGCUACAAAAUAAAUUGGAAAAUAAAAUAAAAGAGGGCAAGUCUGAAACAAGGGACAUUGCUGUUUCCACUGCAGAUGAACUUGUGGUGAAAACAUUUCGCAACGUUUGCAUUCAAACUGACCGAGAAACGUUCAUACAGUUGAAUCAAGAUGAUGGCAAGAUAGCAAAAAGCAAUCUGAGCACCCCAGGAAAGUUGAAGCUUGCAUCCUUGAACUUGAAUGGUCAGUCAGCUUGCUCUCUCCAUACUACAAAGGAGGAAGCUUUACCAUCUUCACAAACCUCAACGUCACAAGAAUCUCAGCCUGUACCACUUCCUCUGUUAACACCAUCACUUUCAGGUUCUCAAAGUUCUCCUACUGCACUCCUGAGUGGUCCACCAGCUCCACCACCACCACCUCCACCUCUUCCAGGCUCUGGACCUCCUCCGCCUCCACCUCUUCCAGGCUCUGGACCUCCUCCGCCUCCACCUCUUCCAGGCUCUGGACCCCCACCGCCACCACCAUUUGGAGUUUCUAAUCUCAGAUUGUCAGCGGACAGACCUGUACGGAAGCCUAUCAUAGAACCACGCCGCCCAAUGAAGCCUUUAUAUUGGAAUAGGAUUCAGAUAAAAGAUUCCAGAGAUGGCAAUAUCUCAACCAUCUGGGAAUCACUGGAAGAACCUCAUAUCCAAGAUGCUGAAGAAUUUGAAGAACUCUUCUCCAAACUAGCAGUGAAAGAAGUGAAGAAGCCUUUGUCAGACAGCUACCAGAAGACAAAUAAGACAAAAAAGAUUGUAAAGUUGCUGGAUGGCAAACGUUCUCAGGCUGUGGGAAUCUUCAUAUCAAGUCUACAUCUAGAAAUGAAAGACAUUCAACAAGCUAUUUUAUAUCUGGACAACACUGUGGUGGAUUUGGAAACACUUCAAGCAUUGUAUGACAAUAGAGCUCAGGAGGAUGAACUGACAGUGAUUCACAAAUAUUAUGAGAAGUCAAAAGAGGAAGAAAUAAAGCUCCUGGAUAAGCCAGAGCAGUUCUUGUAUGAGUUAUCACAGAUACCUAACUUCGCUGAACGCACCCACUGUAUCAUAUUCCAGUCUGUUUUCAUGGAAGGAAUUUCCACAAUACGACGCAAAGCAGGGAAUGUUCUCCACCUUAGCAAGACUUUGACAGAUCACAAAAAUGUGAAGAUUGUUCUUGGACUCAUCCUAGCUUUUGGAAAUCACAUGAACGGUGGAAACAGAACACGUGGCCAGGCUGAUGGAUUUGGUCUAGAAAUUCUUCCCAAAUUAAAGGAUGUCAAGAGCAGGGAUAAUCGAAUUAGUCUUGUGGAUUUUGUUGCAUCCUAUUAUUUGCAUCAUUUUGACAAGGAUGCAGGAACAGACAAGAGUGUAUAUCCUCUACCAGAACCUCAGGAGUUAAUGCGCGCCUCACAAGUUAAAUUUGAGGAUCUCACUAAGGAUCUUAGGAAGUUGAAAAAAGACCUGGAAGCAUGUGAGAAAGAAAUAACACUCGUUUGCCGGAAGUCAUCAGAGCAGGAGCUCCAACCUUUCAAAGAAAAAAUGGAAGAAUUUAUUCAAAAUGCAAAGAAUGAUCUUAAGGUAGAAGAAGCACAUCUUGAAGAAUCACAGAAAAGCUUUGAAGAAACAAUAAAGUUCUUUGGAGUGAAGCCAAAACCUGGGGGGAAAGAUAUUACUCCAAACUACAUAUUCAUGCUGUGGUUUGAAUUCUGUACUGAUUUUAAAAAUACUUGGAAACGUGAGAGCAAAAACAUCUCCAAAGAAAGGUUGAAGGAGGCUCAGCAAUCUGUGAAGAAGAUAACUUCAGAAAAGAAAGUUGAAACAAAGAAAACAAAUCCUAACAGCCUGAAAGAAAGACUACGCCAAAGGGAGGCGAGUGUCAUCACAGACUGAAGGAAACCUCAAAGUGAAAGAGUCCUGUGACUUGAUUAUUGCAUUCAAUCGGAAUUUGAGGGAUGUUCCUUGAAAAACUUGCACAUCUUCAUGCUGCUUAUCCCCCGAUGCCAACACACCAAGGAGGUUUCCAAUUCCAUGACAACAUCAAGAGAGCCUUCAUACAUUCUUGAUUAUAGUUGUCACAGGAUCUAUAUGUUCUGCCCUCACCAAAGUGAGAUUUCAAUGCUUGGUUCAAGUUGUGUCUAAUUGUUGUAUAUCCCAUAGAAUUCCAGCAAAGGGAUUCUGGAAUCUAAAAAUAUCAAUAUGCUAUCGCUUCCAAAAGCUAUUCUCUCUCUUGCAACAUCAGUGGAUUAUAGUACGCUGUGCUACAAUGUGACUUGGGGUUAGACACAGUGUUCUUAAAAAUUUAAUCAAACAUUGAAAUUGUAUAAUGUUCCAGUUGUAGCUGCUACAGAGUUCAAAAAUAAUGUAAAUGUUAUGUUUUUGCAGUUAC